AUGGCGGCGGCCGAGUCCGAGAGCCCAGCGGCGGCCGGGCCGGAGGAGGCGGCGGCGGCGGCGGCGGGGUCUCCGCUCCUGCCUCCCCCCGCGGCCUCCGCCCCGGGCCGGCGCCUCAGCGACCUGCGGGUGAUCGACCUGCGGGCCGAGCUGAAGCGGCGCAACCUGGACAGCGGCGGCAACAAGAGCGUCCUCCUCGAGCGCCUCCGCAGGGCCAUUGAGGAAGAAGGGGGAAAUCCUGACGAACUUCCAGUCGCUGCAGAGGUUACUAACAAGAGAACUCCCAAAAGAACUGUAAAAGGACGUAAACCGGAAGAAGAAGACGGUGAAGAUAAUGGAUUGGAGGAGAGCUCGAGAGAUGAGCAGGAGGAUGUCGAGGCAAGUUCAGAUAACAUGCAGGAUAUUGACAUGAUGGACAUCAGUGUUCUGGAUGAAGCUGAAACAGAUAAUUCCAGUGCCAUCGACUGCAAGGAUGAUUACAUCUCUGAGAACGUCCUUGACUCUGACGAGAAAGACAAUACUGAUGCAGAGCUGAAGGAACUUCCUGAUCAGCUGAUGGAGAACGAGGAGAAUGGCGAGGAACUUGAUAACACGCUGGAUGCCGCUCCCCCUGAUUUAACUGCAGUGAAGGAUUUGGAAUCUGAACAUGCAGAGCCAGAAAAUGAGAAAAUGCUCGACAUUUUGGGUGACACUUGUAAAUCUGAGCCCCUUAAAGAAGAGACUUCCGAAGCGGAGCAGGCACAGGAAGCGAAAAGCCCGCCAGUGGGCCAAAAGGCAGCCGAGGAAGAAGAAGAAGACGCGCUUGCCACCACUGCUCUAUCGGAAGAGGACCUUUUAGAUACGGAGAGCCCCUCCGCCCUGGCUGUGGGCAGGAAGCAGGAGGAGGCGGAGGCAAAGCUCUUAGUGGUAGCGGCAGGGGAGACAAGCGAGCAGGGAGACGAGGAAGCCCAGCCGGACUCAGACUGUGUAGCGGUAGAGAGCAGGAGUGGUGGUGGUGGUGGAGGAGGAGGAGAUGAUGAGAGUAGCAAAGCAGCAGCCCAAAGUCUGGAAGCCGGUAGUGAGGCCAGUGCGGCUGGCCAAGGGGCCGCGAAGACGGAAGAGGAACCUCAGAGUGAGGAAGACCCCUCCUCUGCCACUAGAGAGGCCUCUGCCCCAGAGGGUGGUGAUCAGAACACGAGUUCGGAGGAGAACAAAGAUGCAAAACUGGCUUCAAAAGAGGAGAAGGGUCGCAGCGCUGCCGCUUCCGGCCGGAACUUCUGGGUGAGCGGCCUCUCGUCCACCACCCGAGCAACCGACUUGAAGAACCUCUUCAGCAAAUAUGGAAAAGUGGUGGGGGCAAAAGUGGUCACUAACGCUCGCAGUCCAGGUGCUCGGUGCUACGGAUUCGUGACCAUGUCCACUGCUGAAGAAGCCACAAAAUGCAUUACCCAUUGCCACAAGACAGAAUUACACGGGAAAAUAAUAUCUGUUGAAAGAGCAAAAAAUGAACCUGCUGCUAAGAAGCCUUUGGAGAAAAAAGAAACUGAGGUGAAGAGCGAAGCGUCAGCCAGUGACAGGUCUCCCAGCGCCAAAAAGAACGAGAAAGCGGACCAGAAAGAAGACGCCAAAAAAGCUGAGGAAAAAGACGAGAAGGGGAAAGAGGAGGCGAAAUCUGGAUCGGCGGACCAGUCUAAGACCCCCAAAGCAGGAAACAAAGCAACAGAAAGGACCGUGAUCAUGGAUAAAUCCAAGGGUGAACCAGUUAUUAGCGUGAAGACGACAACUACAUCAAAAGAUAGGAGCGUCAAGAGCCAGGAUCGUAAAUCAGAGAGCAGGGAAAAGAGCAGAGAGAGGCCAGGGGUCGUGCCCUUCGACAAGAUCAAGGAGCAACGGCGGGGGAAAGAAACAGAUCACCGGGCCAACAAACUCAGCUCCCGGGAUCGUCGAGACCGGCAGCGCCUGCAAGCCAUCUGGGAGCAAGAGGAGCGGGAGCGGCUCGAGAUUGCCCGCGAGAGGCUGGAGAUCGAAAGGACCCGCCUGGAACGGGAGCGGAUGGAGCGGGAGCGCCUGGAGAGGGAGCGCAUGCACAUCGAGCACGAGCGGCGGCGGGAGCAGGAGCGCAUCCAGCGCGAGAGGGAGGAGCUGCGGCGGCAGCACGAGCAGCUGCGCUACGAGCAGGAGAGGCGUGUGGCGCUGAGGCGGCCGUAUGACGUGGAUGGGAGGCGAGAUGACUCUUACUGGCCAGAGUCAAAGAGGAUGGCAAUGGAUGACCGCCAUCGCUCGGACUUCAGCCGCCAGGACCGGUUCCAUGAUUUUGACCAUAGGGAUCGUGGACGGUACCAAGACCAUUCCCUAGACAGAAGAGAAGGGUCACGAGGAAUGAUGGGAGACCGAGACGGACAGCACUACACAGACGAGCGCCCAGAUCGACACUCGCGGGACAGCUGGGGCAGCUAUGGCUCUGACCGGCGUCUGAGCGAGGGGCGGGGCAUACCCCCACAGUCUCGAGAUAGCCGCAACUGGGGAAAUCACAGCAGGAAAUUUGAUGGCCACCAGAAUCGCUCCUGGCAGAGCAACACGGUGGGGCGUGAUCACGAGCGAUGGCGAGGUAGGGGAAGAGGGAGACGCGGCCAAUCGAUGCACCGAGGGGGAAUGUCUGGGCGGGGAGGCUUUGUGCCAAGUGGCACGCAGAGCCAGGCGUCGCAUGACGGAGAGGCGGAAGAUGAAGGUUUCUCGGGGCAGGACAGAGGGAGCCGGCCCAGCGACCCCCGAUUCAGCCGCCGCUACUGA